UCCGAUUGCGGAUAACUAUUUGGUUGUAUUAGAUUCCUGAAUUGUCAACUUAGAAACAUAAAUAGAGGAAUUUUGAGUUUCAGCAUGGCCAAUAUUAUGAGAAGAACGUUGGUUCCCGGACUUUCACACUUGAGGCUGCGGCCACAACUUAAUGCAGCUGGAUCGGCCGCGUUAACUUCUCAGGAGACGCGACGGGGAGCUGCCAAGUGGUAUCCAGAUCCUGAGUUCAUGAAGCAGUUUAGCGGUCCGGUGAUGUAUCCAGAUGAGGUCACAUCACUCUGGAGAGUGCCACCAUGGAAUAGCAAAGUAACGCCUGUCGAAAAGUCGGUUCGUAAUCUGACCUUGAACUUCGGCCCACAACAUCCCGCCGCCCACGGAGUCCUUCGUCUUGUGCUGGAGCUGGAUGGAGAGACCGUUAUGCGUGCCGAUCCCCAUAUUGGGCUGCUGCACCGUGGGACCGAAAAGCUCAUAGAGUACAAGACAUACACCCAGGCAUUGCCGUAUUUUGACCGGCUGGACUAUGUCUCGAUGAUGUGCAACGAGCAAUGCUACUCUCUGGCUGUAGAAAAGCUCCUUAAUAUUGAUGUGCCUCUCCGUGCUAAGUACAUUCGAACUCUCUUUGCCGAGAUUACUCGUAUUCUCAAUCACAUUAUGGCCGUCGGAACACAUGCCUUAGAUGUUGGUGCUCUAACGCCAUUUUUUUGGCUAUUCGAGGAGCGGGAGAAAAUGAUGGAAUUCUAUGAGCGAGUUUCUGGUGCCCGGAUGCAUGCUGCCUACAUACGUCCUGGUGGAGUGUCAUUGGAUAUGCCUCUUGGUCUUAUGGACGAUAUCUAUGAGUUUGCAUCAAAGUUUUCCGAGCGAUUGGACGAAGUGGAGGAUGUGUUAACUACAAAUCGAAUCUGGGUGCAGCGGACCGAGGACAUUGGGAUCGUAACUGCAGAUGAAGCUUUGAACUAUGGCUUCAGUGGAGUUAUGUUGCGUGGAUCUGGCAUAAAAUGGGAUCUUCGAAAGCAGCAGCCGUACGAUGCCUAUCAUUUGGUAAACUUUGAUGUUCCCAUCGGCACCAAAGGAGACUGCUAUGACCGAUAUCUUUGUCGGGUCGAGGAAAUGCGCCAGUCAUUACGAAUUAUUGAUCAAUGCCUAAACCAAAUGCCUGCUGGAGAAAUUAAAACGGACGAUGCCAAGGUGGCGCCUCCGUCACGGUCCGAAAUGAAGACAUCCAUGGAGGCACUUAUUCACCACUUUAAGUUGUUUACUCAAGGAUAUCAAGUUCCACCCGGGACAACAUACACGGCAAUAGAGGCUCCGAAGGGCGAGUUUGGAGUUUACCUUAUAUCAGAUGGGUCCAGUCGUCCAUACCGCUGUAAAAUCAAAGCUCCAGGGUUUGCUCACUUGGCAGCUUUAGAGAAGAUUGGAAAGCAGCACAUGCUAGCCGACGUCGUUGCAAUAAUUGGAACUUUGGAUGUCGUAUUUGGGGAGAUAGACCGUUAGUUGUUUUUAAAGAAUGUGUGCCCUUCUCUGUACGAAACUGCUUGUAAGGAUAUAAAAUAAUAUAAAUACGUUCAAAAUAAAAUAAAUUAUUUGCUUUUCAA